CUUCGCUUUACUCUUUUCAGCACGCGCAACGAUGAACAGCACCGGCAGCAGCGACGCGCGAGAGCGCCCUCCGCUAAAGUUUCUGCAGUACUGGGCGAUGCAGCGUAUGAACACGGCCAGCGACAGCUCAGCAACAACUGAUGUCUCAGUCGAACAGCAGCAGCAGCAGCAGCUGCCUGGAUUCGCCGACUUUGUCAUCUCGUUUAAAUAUACGGCGCCCUCCGGUGACAGUGUUUUGAAGAAGGCGCGCAACCGGUCUGAGGGGCAGCGUGCAGCCGAGGAGAAGCGCGCGGCCAAGGCCGACAAGGUUUCUGACGCCCUAUCCGAGCUGGUCCAGCGCCUGACCCGCGCCGGCCUCGACGUUGAGAUCCGCGAGGCCCUGGCGGCAAAGAGGGUGCAGACAGUAGGAGACAGCCGAAUCAGGACACCUGCUGCUGUUUAUCCGGUGCCCGCGCGAGACGCUGCUGCAAGAGUGGCGGACCGCUCCAGGCAGCCGACCCCUUCGAGGUUGACCCAGAGACGCAGGACGACCCCUCGAAGCUGCUACAGGCUGGGCACAGCACAGGCCGAGUGCAUGUCGCCGUCAGAGCGGCAGCGCAUUGUGUAUAAGCUCAUUGUUGGGCCAGUUGAGGAUGGCUGUGCCGACGUCAAUCCAGAGCGCGAGCGGUGGGUUGAGUGCGUGUUCCCGUUGCAGGAUCGCUCGUUCAACAAGGAGUGGAUCAAGCACUGGUCAUCCAAAUGGCUGAUCGAUCGCCACGACCUACGCAGUAUCCGCCACCACUUUGGCGAGGAGAUCGCCAUGUACUUUGCUUUCCUCCAGAGCUACUUCCUGUGGCUGGCGAUUCCAUCGGCAGUCGGGGUCCUGGCAUGGCUGUUUGGCUGGAGCUUCUCGUGGCAGUUUGGCAUUGUCAUCGUACUGUGGAGCGUCAUCUUCACAGAGACCUGGGCCCGCCGCGAGUCCGACAUUGCCACCUACUGGGGUGUGCAUGGUGCCGAGAAAGGCUGCCUCGAUGCGUCGCCCGCAGUUCCGCCCCGACCGAUUCCCUACUUUUCUGUCGGGAAGCGCUGGUUGCGUCGGAUGCUCAGCGUGCCGGUGACCAUUGCGCUGGCGCUGGUGAUGGGAGCCUUUGUCUCCAUCAUCUUCGCUGUGCAGACCUUUUUGGGCGAGUAUUAUAACGGACCGUUCCAGACCCUACUGGGGCUAACACCCGUGGUUCUGUUCUCGCUGUGUCUGCCGCUCUACACGGCGCUGUGCACCCACAUAGCCAAGCUGCUGACCGAGUACGAAAACUACGAGUACGAAACCGAGUACACCGCACAGUACACAACCAAGGUCUUUAUCUUCCAGUUCCUGCAGGACCACCUCUAUCUAUUCCUGACAGCGUGGGUGUUUGUGCCGUAUCAGGAUACGUUUGAGCAUCUUCUGCGCAGCGUCUACCUCUUGAUCACCGAGCUUCCGCCCUGGCUCACUCCUUUCCUGGCGCGCGAGAUUGAAAAGCAUAGUGGGCGACUCGCCAUGGUGGCUAUCAAGUCUAGCUCGACUCCGGCAGUGGCCAAGAUCCAGGAUCUGCUGACCUCGUUUAUUGUCACCGGCCAGAUCGUCAACCUGAUGACUGAGACUGGGCUGCCGCUAAUCAUGCGUUGGUGGAGCACGCGUGCGCUGAAGAAGGCCGACAAGGAGCCCAGCAGCACCAACAGCAGCACCAACAGCAGCACCACUGCUGUUGCAGAUCUAUCCGAGAAACCGCACUCGAGCAUUCUUGGCAACACACUGACACGGGCAUCGACUGGCGGAUUCGAUGCAUGGGCAGAUGCUAGCCAGUUCAUCGCCAAUGUCACAUCCGAGGUGGAGCUACCCGAGUACGACACCUACGGCGACUAUGCCGAAAUGGCGUCGCAGUUUGGCCGCGUAACAUUUUUCUCGAUUGCGUGGCCGCUGGCGCCGCUGGCUGCCUUCUUGAACAACUGGCUGGAGCUGCGUACGGACGCGGCCAAGAUUUGCGCGACGACGAAGCGGCCUAUUUCGCGAAGGGUAGACACCAUUGGCCCUUGGCUCACGAUGCUGCGUUUCAUGUGCUGGCUGUCCUCGAUCACCAACGCGCUGCUGAUCUACCAGUUCCACCCCAACUGCUCGUUCCUGCCGACGGUCUCCAACCCUGAGGUGAUGAAGCGUUUCGGCCGCACCAACCUGAGUCUUGCGCUGGUCGUGCUGCUGUUCUCGGAGCACAUGUUCUUGGCUAUCCAGUGGGUCAUUACGCAAGUCAUGGCAUCGUGGCCCAGCGCCUACGAGCGGAUUGUCACGCGUGCUCAUGCUGGAUCGAAGCGCCGGUGGCUCGAUAAGGCUCCCGCGACGUUGCGCGAUCUAGUCGACAUGGAUGUCGAUCUUGGGGCAGAAAGAUGGCGCUGACAUGGAUUCGGACACCCCAGCCGGCGAUGCCGCUGAAGCUCAUACUACAACCGACCAGCGUU